UUCAGGAAUGAAAGGAUAAUGGAUUUAAUUGUGAAAGAGCUAACCAAUGAAUUAAAAUUGGCUUUGACAAGAAGCAAGGCUAUGAAAAAACUAAAAAAUGAGAAAAACUUGGCUUUACUUCCGAACAGACUAAGCAAUGAACAACAGCAGGAAAUAGUUUGUCAUAAGUCAACUGAUGAUGAUGGUUUAGCCGUUAGAAACACUGAAUUUUAUUGCCAAUACAAAGAAAUAGAAGAAGAGUUUAAUCGAGUCCUAACGACAGCAAGGUGUGAUGCAAAACUUCUUUCUUGUCAAACCCACCCUCGAGCAUUUUAUACUACAGAAAUUCCUGCUGAUAACCAAUCAACAGAAAAGCAUCAAGCAUCUAGACCCGUAGAAACUGUUAGCAUUCCUCUAGACGAAUCAAUAGAAAUAGACCAUCAAGAACAAACCCCUCAAAUUAUCCACAAUCCCCCUAAAAAUUCCUAA